AUUUUUAUUGUGCACAAGCCAUGUCCGAGUUGUUUGGUGGCGUCGAGGGCGGCGCGUCCAGGUCGACAAUGGUGAUUUCGAACGCGGCCGGCGAGAUCCUGGCGACGGCGUUCGGCGGCUCAACCAACCAUUGGGUCGUUGGUCUGGACAAGUGCAUUGAGGAGUUUGGCGCAAUGGCUGCCGAGUGCAAGCGUCAAGCGGGAAUCGCUCCAACAACCAAACUCUUCUCGCUGGGAUUGUCGCUCAGCGGCGGAGAGCAGCCUCAGGCACAGCGCGAUAUCAUUGCUGGAAUCCGUGCCAAGCUACCCGACCUUGCAGAGCACUACGACAUUUGCACCGACACGUUCGGCGCGGUCGCAACUUCAUGUGAGGCCGGUGGCAUUGUCUUGAUUGCUGGAACGGGCUCCAACUGCCAGCUCAUUGAUGCCCAGGGCCAGGGCGUUGCUGGUUGCGGCGGCUGGGGUCACUUCAUGGGCGACGAGGGCUCCGCAUACUGGAUUGCGCAUGCUGCCAUCAAGUUUGUCUUUGAUGACAUGGACAAGUACUUGACUGCCGAGAACGCGGCGCUUGGGCUGGACACGGAAUACGUCAAAACGAGCAUGUUUGCGUACUUUCAAGCGCAAAAUCGUAAAGAAAUGCUCAACCACUUUUACUCGAAUUUCGACAAGCAAUUCUUUUCCGGGUUUACCAAGCUCGUGGCGGAAGGCGCCGACAAGGGUGAUCGCCUUUGCCGAGAGAUUUUCCGACGAGCUGGCGACCAUUUGGGGCGGCACACGCGUGCAGUGUUGCAAUCUGCGGAUCAGUCGGUUGACAAGCUGAACGUUGUCUGUGUCGGAUCGGUAUUCCAGAGCUGGCAUCUUCUGCGGGAGGGCUUCUGGGGUGGUGUGGGCGACGUAACACCGCGUCCUCAACUCGUUCGUCUGCUCGUGUCUGCUGCCAUUGGCGCUGCACGCCUCGGUGCUACUCGCAGCUCUUCCGGAACCAAGACGGUGGCUGUGGACUUUGCCCGCACUACCGAAACUUUGGAGAGCUGAGGAAAAGCAGUCAUGAUUUUAAAAAGCACAAUACUAGUAAAAUUGAGCAACUUUUUGUUUUUAACAACGAGUCUACACUGACACGAC